ACCACUUCAGACAGCCUGGGCUGGAGCCUGAUAAUAACUACACACACAAUGCUCUGGAUGAAUGUUGCGUCUCUCAUUCACAAGACGGCUGGUUUUUCCCCAAUGGUGAGCCGAGGUAAAGACAAAGGGUCAGCUGUCUCCUCGUUCUUUCUCCUCCGACGUGCACGAAGAGGAGGCGCACCUGCGAGAGUGCCUGUCUCCCACCCCCCCUCGUCCCCCGUUCUUCGUACUGAAAACUCCCAUUCGGGCUGCUGCUGCCGCUCGGCUGAUGCUGCACACACUUUGCAGACCGGACCAUAGUGCAGCGGAAAGACGACGCGGGGGGUAAAGGGGGGCCGACACAAGAGAUGGGACGGAUUCAUCUCCUCCUCUGACACUCCACAGGCGCUCGUUCCUUUUUGAAAGUCCGAUCGGCGGAGGCAUGCCAAGCGCAGACGCCCGCGGCGGAGCGCGGAAGCACAGACUUUGCGGCGCAGGACCCGAGUGAGUGAGACGUACUCGCGUCGCGCUCCCACCUGCCACAGCCUUUUGCGCGGAGACAGACUUUGGCGACCUUCAUCCGGGACGCUGCUGGCAUCCAGGACCCGACGGAGGGAAGUGAGGCACCCGCCGUGUUUGGGCCCAAAGCCCCCCGUGAGGCCCCCCCGAGAUGGCGUGCAGUGCGUGUUACUACCUUGUGAUCAGCUCCACACACCUGAGCAACGGACACUUUCGUCGCGUCAAGGGGGUCUUUAGAGGACCACUGUGUCCAACUGCAACCAGUGAUUCACCGGAGGAUGCAGAGAGGGCUUUGGGCUGCUCAGCGGAGGAUCUGAAGGCUCCCUUCUACUGUGAGCUUUGUCACAAGCAGUACCUCAGACAUCAGGAGUUUGACAACCACAUCAACUCCUACGACCAUGCACACAAACAGAGGCUGAAGGAGCUCAAGCACAGGGAGUUCGCUCGCAACGUGGCCUCAAAAUCAUGGAAGGACCAGCGCAAACAGGAGAAGGCUCUCAGACGGCUGCACCACCUCGCACAGCUGCAGCAGGAAACCCAGAGAGUCCCAGGAAUGACUUCUGGACUAAGAAGAGCAGACAGGGCCGUGACACAGCAGCAAGAUAAGAAGGGGGACCGAUGCGACCGCAUCCCGGAGAACAAACCCGAACCCUUCAACCACAUCCGUGGACUCCCUCCUGCGCAGCCCACAAAAGCACGUCUCAGCCGCCAGCCAGAAAAUCCAUGUCAAUCACCUUCCCAAAUCCCGCUGGCCGCGGCUCUAGCCGAGCCCCCACUACUCGCACAUCUGGCAUCCCAUGCGCACUCUCCCGCGGUGCAUCCUCAGUCCUGCCCGGGCUCGCGUCCCCAGCUCCCUCUCCCCGGGCGGGGGAGGGCAGCAGGCAGGCUUGGCGUCUCCUUCUGCUUCUCACGCAGGGGGCCGAGGCUCGAGCCUUCUGCCUCCGUCUUCUCAGACCUGGAAGAGGAGGAGAGAGAGAAGAGAGAACAAAUGAGGGAAAGGCUAAAAGGGAUGAUGGGAGACGUUGGCGGGAACAUCGGGGCAGCGCAGGAGGGGAAGCACAGCGAUUGUGAAAAGCACAAGUCCGGAUCUGACGGUGUUAGUCCUAACGACACAGGGCCGAUCCCCAGAGACGCUCCUCCCCAGAGGGAGAAGGGGGAGAUUGGAACAAAAGAUGCAGGGAAAGCACACUCAACUGUUUCCCUGGGAGCACCUGAUAAUCAGAGCUACGAUUCACCGUGCCUGCUGCCACAGACCCAGGUGGCCCUACGGGGCGCCGGACUAGCCGGGUCACACAUGGACACUGAACACGCAGAUAGCGAGACAGACAGAAAGCUGGAAAUAGAAGGGCGGGAGGAGGAGAGUCGGUACAUGUGUGUGCUGAGGAAAGAUGGCUGCAGUCGUCUGAGAUGGCCUGUCAAUCUGCUUAUGGUCACCAAGUCUCAACCGCACAUCUCCUACAGCUGCAACCCGCUCUGCUUGAACCCACCACAAGCGGAACAUCUCGUAGAGGAUCUGCAGGAGUCACAAAGAAAUCGGUCUACUCUCUCAGAUGAAUCUGUGCCAGCUAUUCCUACAUCAGAUGCUCCCUCUCGUUUAGAAAGAGAGACGAGACAGGAAGCUGAGGAACAUAUCGACGUGGAGACAAAAGCACACCUGUUGCUAAAGAACAAAAACCUUACAUCAUCAGAAACAAGAGCAGAAAGAGGACAAUGCCCGCUAAGGAUAGAUGAUUGUGUGAGGGUAGCCUCUCCUCCAUUCGACCCCGCUCACAUUGACAGCUAUGACACAAACUCCCAGAAUCCACUGGGAGGCAGAUUAGGGGGUGCGAGAGGGAUCGGGGAGAGAGCGAUCGGAGAUCUGAGCUGUAAAUUAGAGUCUGUCACCGAGCCCGGCACACAGAGCUUAUGCACCAGCCUGUCCAGGUGUGAGUGUGGGAGCGAGACAAUGUGCAAGUGCGCCAGCGCUCAACAGCUGUACGCGGGCGCCGUGGAAGUGUCACGCAAAAAGAGGAAAGCCAGCACAAAGAAACACAAGCUGGGAAAGCGUAAGAGGGGUGAGAGGGAAAAGGCUGCGAAGAAGCACCCAUCAGCAAAGUGCAAAGUGAGGAGUGUUGUCUCUGCCGUCUCCAUUGGCACAGAGAGGAUUGGAGAAGUUGGGGGGAGCUGGCCGAAAAAAAGGUGGCAAAGGGAGAUGAGGGAAACGAGGACGAGGAGGGUGCAGGGAGCCGGCAGCAGCUGUCACCUGGGAAGAUCCGAGCCAGUAUCGGUCCCGGUCAGGAAGAGGGGGCCUAACAAGAGCCUCAGCACUCGAUCCCAGGCACAGCCAGACGGGGAGCAGGCAGAGCACUGCGCCGCUUACUCCCAGCCCGCCAGACGUGCCGCAGCGGACAGACGCAACAAUGGGGAGGGGAGGCGAGACGGAGAUGCAGCAACUUUUCCCUCGCGGCCCCACUUCUUCUUACACUCCUUCCCACCAGCAUGUAACCCAGAGCUGUUUUGGGAAAGGGGUCACCAUAGCAACCCCAGGGGUUUCAUUGACUGCUGUUACCCUGACAACAGCUGUGGCAGCAGCCCGGCGAGAAAAAGAAUAGUCCUCCACGGGGACAGGAAAUUCAUUGCCACUAAGAGGCAUCGUGACGUCUGGGAGGAGACUGAGAGGGGGAGGAAAAUCGGGGGGUAUUCAGGUUGCAGAGGCAGGGACCCGACUUCAGAUACAGAACAAUGGGAGUGGUUGGGGAGGGACUGCCCUCAAGGUAGUGAGGGGGGCAGGUCAAGUAGUGGGUGGAGACCAAGAAACAGAGCAGUGGAGUGGGAUCGGGGGCCAAAGUUCAGCCCCACUCCUGGCAGCUGGGGCAGGAGAGGCCAACGUCUAAGCACAGAAGAUGCAGACUGGGACAGAUGCAGCGUGGACAGAUGGACAUGGGGCAGCACUGACAGCUGGGAAGACAGGGGGACGCACAGAUCCGCAUCGGGCUCCUGGACAGGAGCAGACAGCCGAGACAGCCCAGCUUAUGUGUGGAGAUGUGCAGGCACCAGACGCUCAAGCUCCAGACGCUUCUCCAGCCCCGAGUGGUGGACAAGUAGGGAGACAUACAGCCCCCAGAGCUUGAUCAACACGCAGUCCAGCAGAUGCCACAGCCCACGCUCCUGCAGCCCGUGCAGCAGCACCAGCAUGUCCGAGCUCAGCUGGGAGUGGAGCAGGAGCAGUACCUGUUCGGGGGUCACAGUUGAUGGGUUGACAGUUAGCUCCGACAGGACGUCUGAGGCCCCUCAGGAGGCAACGAAUCAGAGCGACCCUAUGACCUCAGGCCAUACCUCUGGCUCCUUCACUCCUUCCUCACCACACGGAGCCUGCUUGGCUCCUAGCGUCCAGGGCCUCAACACACACCAUUGUAACACAAGUCUGUCUCAGCUGAAGGAGCCCAGUGCGCAGUCUGUCCUCGUCGAUAGAACCUCUGGCCCUGUCGACACAAGCGGGUCAGCCACGACUCCUGCAGGACCAUCUCCCGGUAAGCCUCUGCCGCAGAAACCAGCCAGGACGUUGCUGCUCCCUCUCAUAGGUAAACUACCUGCUAUCCAGAGAAAAGCCAGAAGGAACAAAAGGUUGCAGGAGAAGAGUCGGGAGAAGCAGGGGGAGGAGGAAGACGAGACCAGGGGCAGCGGAAUGGAUGCUGGAGCAGUCGUCAACACUCAAGAAUGUCCUCUGGACACGGUUGGGUCAAACCCAAGCAACACUCCAAAUCUCUGCCUGCUGCGGAUUAGGACAGAAGACAAGCAGACGGGUAAAGAGACGGCGCCGUCAAUCAGCUUUACCGCUGAGGAGAUGGACAAAUAUCGCCUCCUGCAAGAGCAGGCGAGGGAGCACAUGCAGAGAGUCCUGGAGCAGAUGCAAGAGAGCGCCGAUGUGAACACGGAGACAAACUACACGCACGCAGCACAGACAGAGAACUGUGGAACUUCAGAGGAGCAGUACACACCUGCGCCCUUGCACAACCCGUCACAGCCUCAAACUCAGACACUUCACACGGACAUGAUGCAAACACAGGGACAGCACACCCUGCCGGUCUGUCACCCAUUUUCACACGUGACCCCACACGAGAACUUCCCUCCGCCCAUGGCGCUAAGAGUCCCUGGCCUCCCCCCUCUCUCCAGCCUCCAACAUAUCAUCUUACAACACGCAUCCCUCUCCUUGCCCGCCGCCUCCUCCUCCUCAUCGUCCUCAUCCAACUGUCCUUCCAUCCACCCGCACCCAGUUCAGCUCCCUCACGGCCUGCACCCUCUCCAUCCCUCCCUUCCUCACCACCUUCACUUAACUCCCUUUUCUUUAUCUACCCUGUUUCCCUCCAUUUUGCUGUCCCAUCAUCCCAUCCCUCUCCUCCCCCAGUCCCCGGCUUUUCAUCCAACCCCACUCGCUCCACUCUCCCACGUAGCCUUGCAACCCUUGGCCCCACAGUCUUUCCUGGAGAGAGCUUGGCCAGUGAGGUUUCAACAGAAGGCGGUGUGACUUUCCAUGUUUAUUAAUCUUCUUUGGCAAAACAGACUAGUGAGUGAAAGAACGUUUUUUGGUUUGGACAAACUGCUGCUAUUAGAAAUGGGGUUUGUGUCAUUGCUUUUAGAAAAAAACCUCAAUCACACAUAUACGCGUACACUCAAACAGCAAUUCUAUAUACACACUACUAUUCACCGUUUUUCGAAUAGAAAAUUUGAUUCUCCAUCUAGUCUCUUCUGUGUCAAAGCAGAAAUAGUGAAAACGGACUUUGAUCCUCCGGUUUUGUCAUCAUUCCUAAUUCAGGCCCAGAAUAAAAGGAAAGGCGCACCUGCAAUUCAAAGACAAGCUGUCCUUGUGUCACCGCCUCUCUUUCCUCCUGAACCACAGGCAGAGCAGCUGCCUUUUGAAGUGUCCUUCAUGCCAGGGACAAAGGGGCAAGAAAGAGUGACAAUACUAUCCCCUUAUCUCCAUUUCAUUCAGGUUAUCUGAGUUAUCUGAGUGUGACUUUCAACAAACAUAAAUGAUGUACAAGGGGCUGGUAGUCCAGCACAGCCAUUUUAACCUUGGUGGAUGCUGUAUUUUUGUAUUUGCCACAGAGCAUGUAUAAGAGGUACUGCAAAGUGACACAGUAGGAAGGAUGAAGACUAAUUUCCAUAUCUGACACAUGUAAAGACCUGGUUUGUCUCUAUAGUGUAAAUAAAGGGUGGAUGUAACCUUCAUCAGUGGUACAAUACUUAUUCCACACAAUGGCUUCAUUGAUCCAAACACGCCACAUAGCUCAUAACUGUUGAUGACGGUAAUGAAGGAUUCAGAUCUGUUACAUUAAAAUUUGGGGGAGAAAGAA